CUGGUUUGCAGAAUGGAGGAGCCACUGUCAAUGGAGAUGUCUUUCAGGAGUCCAACGGUCCCACGGAUGCCUACGCAGCCAUAGCCAAGGCUGACCGUCUGACUCAGGAACCUGAGAGCAUCCGCAAGUGGAGGGAGGAACAGAAGAAGCGCCUGGAGGAGCUGGAUGCGGCAUCGCUAUGGCGUGAGAAGGCCAAGAAGGACCUGGAGGAAUGGAACCUGCGUCAGAAUGAACAGAUGGAGAAGAACCGGGCAAACAACAGGAUCGCUGACAAAGCCUUUUACCAGCAGCCGGACGCCGAUGUGAUUGGCUAUGUGGCCUCAGAGGAAGCAUUCCUGAAGGAGUCCAAGGAGGAAACCCCGGGCUCUGAGUGGGAGAAGGUGGCCCAGCUCUGUGAUUUCAACCCCAAAAGCAGCAAGCAGAGCAAGGAUGUCUCGCGGAUGCGCUCGGUGCUCAUCUCCCUCAAACAGACGCCCCUGUCCCGCUAGCUGCUGCCUGGCACAGCCAGGAGCGCAGCAGGGCAAGGCUGGGCUCACCGAGCUGGGCGGCUUUACGGGGCCAGCCCAGGAGGGGCCUCACCCUGCCUGCUCCCUGGUGUGCGCCUCGACUGUGCUCGAAUCACCGGUUGUAACUCUCCCCAUGGUUUUCCUUUGCUUAAAAGGUG